CAACGUUUUGAAGGAAAUACCUGAGAACCAAUGCAGCUGAGUCAUUACUGAAAGCAAUGAACGAAGUAGAACAACUCGAGCCGGCAAAUAAUGUGUACUCACUGCAUGACCAAGUUCAACGCGAUUGAUAAGCUGAUUGCUCUAUUAAACUAACGGUUAUCAUUGACAACAAUCUAUUUAAAAGAAGUCUGAUAACUAAUUCGUUAUAUAAAAUGAGAGCACUUUUACACUUAUUUAGGCAACAGUUGACCCGACUCUGGCAUUGUGAACGGGUUGGCCUUGCGGUGAUUUGUUUGUUGCUCGAGCGUGUAUUUAAUGUGACAAAAAUGCGUGAGACGUCGGGAAUCUGUCAUCAGCUGUGCCAUCCGCUGGCGAAAGAGUUUCAACGAGAAAAAUUCUCGUUGACGCAUGAACCUACAGAAGUUUUCUUCAAAUCUCAGUGGCAAAGCCAGCCGAAGUCGAUUAUAUGGCUAAUCUAUCGUUGGCUUUUAGCCGCCACGUUUGCUGUCGGGGUGUUGGGCAGCUUGAUCCAGACAUUUGCAGAGGGAAAAUGGUUUAUCUAUCUCACCGAUUGGGGGUUCUUUCUCUGUAUGUACACAAGCGUCUUUGGCGCCAUUUUGGUAACGAUCUUUUAUUGCAGUAAAGAUAAUGUUUUUGUACCUCCAUGGGCGCUAAAAUUAUAUUGGGCUUCUUAUUGGACCACAUUGUCGCUGGCUACGCUUAUAACGUUCAUAUAUUGGAUAUUCAUUUUCCCAACUGACAAUCAAAGCGCUUGGGAAGUAUAUAAUCUGUGGGCGCACGGCUUCAAUUCAAUACUGAUGAUAAUGGAUCAUAUGCUGGUGGCUUUUCCAGUACGCCUAUUACACUCUGUCUAUCCACUAUGCUUAGGUCUAAUAUAUGGAAUAUUUACUGUUAUUUAUUAUUGGGCAGGAGGCGUCGAUCCUUUCGGAAACCGCUUCAUCUACGAGAUACUCGAUUGGUCAAAUGCGGGCGGCGCAAUUUUAACCAUACUUGGUUGCAUAUUAGUAACCUUUGUAUUCUGCUUCAUACACUUUGGCCUAUAUAAACUGCGAACAUUUAUUUAUAAAAAGCGACAAAGUUCCAAAUUGACAUUGAGUGCUUAAUUCUGAAUAAGAUUGCUACAAAUAGAAUUUUGAAAGAGAUAUUACUUACAUAUGUAUACAUAUUGUGUACGUAGAUAUAAGUAUAAUAGUCAAAUCAUAAAAAUGUUGUACCACGAAUUGUUGUCAUAUAUACAUACAUAUAUGUAUAAAUUUUUAUAUUUAAAUUAUAAAAAGUAUCUUAUGUUUAGUAA